UUUUUGCUAAAAAAAGCGUUGAUAUUAAGCUCAGAACUCACCACCAACAAAUGGUGCAGGUAACAGACUGUUACCUGGCUGACGUUCAUUGUUCACACUGAUGCAGCCGAGACGCGCGUCCGUCCUUCAGCAAAAUUCUUCCAAUUGCCUUUACGAAUGGUUAUUUACUGGUAUUUGAGUGAAUUUCGUUAGUUUCUAUGCUUUAUCAACUUUUAGCGGUCGGAGCUCCGGCCUUGUUUGUGUUUUUUUGGCUACUUAGGCUAACAAGAAUACGCGAUUUGGCCCCGGUUGUUGGCACGGUUGUCUUUGUUGGCUUUUAUGUGCCGUUUUUUAUGUUUUUUGUGCUUCCGAUUGAUGUCGUGUGGACCGUUCCCUCUUUGGUGUGGAGAAUCACAUACUGGACGUCGUUCGUACUCACCUGGUUCUUCGUUCCGUUUAUUCAGGAAUAUGUUGCAAGUCCGUUCAAGACUCCACGCAUGAAGAUUCGGGACUCUAUUCACAGCAAUCUCAAAUACUCUGCCUUGCUCUCGGUUAUCACGCUUGUUAUGCUUGUUUACUUGCGUUUCGUACUUCGGUCUAUGACCUUCAAAGGCUUCACGAACUUGAUUAUUUCGUUGACCUACUUUUACGGACUUAUUUUUGCCAUUUUCUUGCUUGGACACGGGCUUGUCACAGUGCCGCGCGAUUGCUGGCGUCGUGCCUUUUUGUCGAAACGAAUGGCGCAAUUAGAGUGUUAUGCUGUGAAGGUGUACGACAAAAUCCAGGACAGAAUGGAUGAGCUUUCUGACUUGUCGAACGCCACUCCAGGAACUGGUUUUGACCGGAGUACUUUUCAUCAAAGCGAUUUCUCUCAUACGCAUCUAAGUGACAGCGAAGCGGUGACGGCGGAAGUUGCAGAUGCUUCGCUUCGUUUGCAUCCUCUGAAGAUACAGUGGAACGAGACUGUACGCGAGUAUGCCAAGCUUAAGGCUUUGCAGACGUGUCGUGAGAAGCACAGCUACUGGCUUCGACUUCCGCCGGGUUCGUUUCGGACACACCCGCUACUGGACUAUGUGCUGUACAGUUAUGUGUAUCCGCUCUUACGCUUAAUACUUGCAGUUAUAUUCGGAGCUUUGAGUGUGCUUGUUGUUGUUUCUGAAUUGUUUCUUGGCAGCAAGUACUCCGUGACCGGUAUUGUCCUCGAAAAGGCCGCGACCAUUUCGCCAAUGUUUCACCUGCUUGCUACGGCUGUUGUCUUUUGGUACAUGUGCAUGUGUACUUGCUCGUCUUUACUGCGGUCUCGAUCCUCCUUCAAUUACCUUACCGCCUUAUUACCGAAACAGGCAACGCACCCUCUUGCACUUCUCGCUUUUCUUGUACAGUCCUGCAGACUCGUUAUCCCCCUGUCGUACAAUUUCGUGUCACUUCAAUUUUCGCAAACGAGGUUCCACCUGCUGUUUGGCAACAGCAUUGAUUUGUUGCCGCUCGGAUACUACAUCAGCAAACGCUACCCCAUGAUUGUUCUGCUGCCGGUCUUCUCGUCUAUCUUUUCGUUGCAUCGUCUAUUCUAUCGUGCAGCGUAUUCGCUUUACUUGUCCCGCGACCGUUCGGACGGCUCAAGCCUGAAUACGCAGGAGACUGAGGACGAGGAAGACGACUUCUUGAACGAAUACUCGUCCUCUGCAAUGGCCGAAGGCAGAGCAUUGCUGCAACGAGCCAUGGAAGAACAAAACUUCAUCCCGCCCCGAAACCGCUAUUCAACUUACCACGAUUAAAACCAACAGGCUACGAAUGAAGUCAGGAAGUAGUGGACAUAAUCUAUAAAUUUAUUAUUUCCCCUGUAUGAAAAAAUUGGGGUGCAUCAAAAAAGGAAACAAAACUAUCGGUUCACGCAAGAAGAGCUAUCAUUGACAAACGGUUUACCACCAGUCGGCCAAGGACUCCAUGGCGCGAGCGACACGGAGGAAACCAGCAAUGUUGGCACCGUCAAUCAAACUGGGAGUGUUGUUGACGCCAGCGUCACAGUACUCGGAGGCAGCGUUGAGAGAUUGCUCGAAGAUAGACUUCAUGAUUCCUCUCAAGCGGCUGUCGACCUCCUCAGGCGACCAGCUGCUGAAGGAAGCGUUCUGGGCCAUCUCCAAACCGGAAACGGCGACACCACCGGCGUUGGAAGCCUUGCCAGGAGCAGCCCAGAGACCCUCGCCCUUGGAACGGGAGGUCUCAAAGACAUCGACGGCCUCAGCGGAAGAACUCAUGUUAGAGCCCUCGGCGACGAAACGGCAGCCGCUGGCAACCAAGUGGCGGGCCUCAUCACCGCUGAUUUCGUUUUGAGUAGCACAGGGAAUGGCAACGUCGACCUUGCCAACACGGAUCCAAGGACGCUCACCCUCGAGGUAAGAGUACUUGGAGCAAAGAGCCUCGCUGGAGCUCAAGGACUUGCGUUGGGCCUUCAAAGCCAUGAUGGCCUGAACGUCCUCGGCGGUGAAGCCCUUUCCGUCCUUGGUAACAAGAGCACCCUUGGAGUCACUCAUGCUCAAAACGGUGGCACCCAAGUCGAUACACUUGAGGGCGGCGUAUUGGGCGACGUUGCCGCUGCCAGAGAUGGCAACACGCUUGCCGGCCAAACUCUCGGCACCCUUGGUAGCGUGCUCGAUCAUGUGGGAGACGAAGUAAACGACACCGUAGCCAGUGGCCUCGGGACGGACGUUGCUGCCACCGGUGAGCAUGUGCUUGCCGGUGAGCACACCAGUGUACUCGUUGCGGAGACGCUUGUACUCGCCGAAGAGGUAGUUGACGAUGGUUCCGUUCACACCGAUGUCACCAGCAGGAACAUCGGUACGGGCACCGACGUAGCGGAACAACUGGCGCAUGAAAGCUUGAGAGAAGCGACGAAUCUCAGCGUCAGACUUGCCCUUAGGGUCGAAGUCGGAGCCACCCUUACCACCGCCCAUGGGCAGGCCAGUCAAAGCAUUCUUGAAGAUCUGCUCGAAGCCCAAGAACUUCAACACACUCAAGUUGACACUGGGGUGGAAACGAAGGCCACCCUUGUAAGGACCGAGGGCAGAGUUGAAUUGGAUACGGUAACCGGUGUUGAUGCGGCAGUUUCCCUCGUCGUCCUCCCACGUAACUCUGAAUUGCAGAGUACGCUCGGGGAUAGAAAUGACAGGGAGGACACGCUUCAGCUCGGGAUGCUUCGUGAACACCUUGGAUGUGCCAAGGGACGAAACCAGCUCGUUGUAGGCCUGGUGGAACUCGGGCUCAAGGGUUUUCACGGGAGCGGACAUUUUUGUCUUAAUGUAGUGAAAGUACCGAGCGUUUCCGAGAAGUCUGGAGGACAGUCUUGAGGAAAGUAUUUUGAAUAAUAGUGAUGAGAUACCUUCGUGUAGGAAAGUAUCAACCGAGAGUUUAAAAUAAAGUUUCUUCUAAGCGAGAGA